AUUUGGAAAGUGAAAUAAAAUGACAGAAAUUUGCCUGUCGAAUAUUAUUCAUCGUAUUUUUAAACAGAUUUAAUAUUUUGGAAGUGAAUUCUGGAAGAUAUAAAAGGAACGAAAACAUAGUUAUUUCAUUCUGUUCCUGACACAUGAUGGAUCUGCGUGUCUCUGUUGUUCUUCUGUUCGUUUUUCUCACCGGAGGAUACUCUCUGAAGUGUUACACCUGUUCAUCUGCUCAGGAGGGUCCCUGUGAAGCAAAAGUGGAGAUAUGUGGAGAUGGAUUUUCCAAAUGUGAAAGCAAAACAACAGAACAAUCCACUGGUUCCACUAAGGUGUCUAUCACAACGAAACAGUGUGCAAGUACAUGUGAAGCUGGGACCCAGCAGCUCCUGACUGGAGUGACAGUAACUACCCGCUGCUGUGACACUGACCUCUGCAAUGGAGCAGAUGGCGUGUAUAAGGGAAGCUUCCUCCUGCUGAUGUCUCCUCUGCUCUUCUACUUCCUGUUUCAGUGAGUCCUGCUGCUCUUCAGAUUCAACAGCUGCAGCAGAAACUGAAUGUCACACACAUUUCCAUUCUUCAAUAAAUAAAUAAAGCUUGUCAAUCAUGAAAA